AUUGGACUUCAGCAGGAAGCAUCAUGCAUUCAUCUGCUGCCCUUGGUCGUGUAUUUUCUCUGGUGAUCAUUGCAUCUAUUCAGGUCAUCGCUAUCGUAGACUUCAAUAUCGAUAAUAAUCCCAAAUCCGACGCUCAAGUGUGCUGCAUGAUCGAACAUUCCUUUCCACAGGAACCGUUCCUCGAGUGCUACGAGCGGCAUAAAACUCCCAGCAUGAACAACGAAACGAUCAUGUGCAUUCACCAGUGUUACUACGAGGCGAUCGGAUUUUUUUCCAAAGACGUGCAGAUUCAAUCGGACAAAUAUCUCACCUACAAGGAUAGCCUUGAUUCGGAGGAGCGUCAAACAUCAUUUACCUUCGCACUGAAAGCUUGUGCCCAAAUUGCGCUCGAUAUUAUUAAACAUUUUGCGAAGGUGGCGAAGAAACCACGGUGCAGCCCAAUCCCUUACCUAUUCAACCGGUGCCUGAUGGAGGUUGACAUCGUGAACUGUCCAAGUGAUCGGUGGAUUGAUUCGAAUCUGUGCGAUCUACUCGUGGUAAAACUGACCACAAAGUACGGGAAGGGCAUACAGAUGAAAUCGGGAACAAACGCAACGUCGCAGACCGAUAAAAACGCACCAGCGAGACAGCCCAAAAGUGGCACGCGAGAAUAACAAACUAAAUAAAUUGGGGCCGUAGCAAAAC